GAACUGCUUUUAGUAAACGUUAAAUUUUCAUUCUAUCAUCAUGUCUGGUCGCGGCAAAGGUGGCAAAGUCAAGGGAAAGUCCAAGACUCGCUCUACCAGGGCUAGCCUUCAGUUCCCAGUGGGUCGUAUUCAUCGUCUCCUGCGUAAAGGAAACUACGCAGAACGUGUUGGUGCUGGAGCUCCAGUUUACCUGGCUGCAGUUAUGGAAUACUUGGCUGCUGAGGUUCUCGAGUUGGCAGGCAACGCCGCUCGUGACAACAAGAAGACUAGGAUCAUUCCUAGACAUCUCCAAUUGGCCAUCCGUAACGACGAGGAGUUGAAUAAGCUUUUGUCUGGAGUUACGAUUGCUCAGGGUGGUGUCCUCCCCAACAUCCAGGCUGUUCUUCUUCCAAAGAAGACCGAGAAGAGCAGCUCGUAAAUCCAUCAUUGUCCAUUCAAACAAAAUCGGCCCUUUUUAG